AUGGCAGGAAAGACUCCUCGAACGCCACGCACGCGGGCUAACAAUUCUCAACCCAACACAGGCAGUACUCGUACGGUGCGCGGCGGUGAGCUUCGUGCUCUGGGCAUCUCCGACGACAGCCCCAACCAGAAUCAAUCGAGCCGUCGUCGCAAUGGUCGAGCAUCUGAACAAGAGUCCCCAACCACACGCCGCAUCCGUCACAUGAACCGACAACCCGCUCCACGACAGCAGCCCGCUCCUCAGCAGCAGCGUGUCAACAACCAACCCGCCGCUCAGCACCAGCCCGCCGCCGCUCAGCAGCAGCCCGCCAACAACCAGCCCGUUCCUCAGCUUGCGGGAGACCAGGUCAACGCUCUGUUCGCGGCGAAUCCAAAUCUCAUGCAGUUCCGGGCUGCAUUGGUCACUGUCCAGCCCAAUGGAGUCCAACCUGGUGCUGUCCAUGCCAAUGGAGCCCAUCCCGGUCCAGGUGGAGGAGGGCGAGGAGGAAACGCAGCCGACCAGCCGGCCCAGCCAGGUCCCCUCAAUCCUGCAGAUGGUCAUGGUGGACAUGGUGGAGUUGAGAACGGCCAGGGCGGAGUCCACCCUGGUCAAGCUGGAGGAGGACAAGGAGGACAAGGAGGCGGCCAGUCAGCCCCUCCAAACAUGACAGAGAACCCUGACGUACCGCUCGUCCUACCGCUGGGUAUCGCCUCACCGAACGACUUUCAGUCGUACACCAGAAACUUCAGCUUCAGCGUGGGGUUCAGUGGGUCGUUCGAUUGGAGGGUCGCGACAGCGACAACCUCGACACCACGAAGAGUGGCAAAAUCGCCGACAUCGAGGUCACCGUCGAUCCAACACAACGAGACUCAAGUCCAGAACGUCGCCCAGUACAUGGCCGCACUGCGCACCCUCAAGAAUAUCGAGCUACGCCAGAUGAGACCACGGUCGAUCGUCGAAGCCCGCAUCACGGUUGGUAGGUACGUCCAGAUGCACCCAAACUUGUGCGAGCCAGAGCAUGCUAGAAAUGUCGCCUUCCUCGUUCGAGACCUGCUCGACGGACCAAAGGCGAUCCAGAAGGAUCUGAGGCUGGCGAACCUGGGUGACAGGGGUUGA